ACUAUACAUAACCUUAGCCAUAUAACAAUUAAAAUCUAACCACGGCCUCAUUAAGCAAUAACUUUAUACAUUUUAAUAAAUAACAACAAAAUGAUAGCAUAAUAUUUCACGUUUGCAAGAUAUUUUAAGUGACCUUUAUACGCUCAGAUUCGCAGUUUAAUGUUAUGAUAAGCAGAACUGAAAACUAAACAAAGGUGUAUUGAUUCCGUGGCCCAUUUCUGACUCAAAGUAAAAGAUAAUAAACCGAAAAUGUUCUUCUUGGAAAAACGAUUAUCAUAUCAAGAUAAUGAACAUGAGAUAGGUGGUACCACCAUAAUCUUAUAUAGAUCAUGAAAACUUUAUAUUGUCAUACAUACGGUUGAGUCUCCCUCCGAAACGUUGCUUCCUUAAUAAUUAUACAUAUUAUAUCAUUGUUAAAGUGCCUAUAUUUACCGUUCAAAGUUCGUUAUAAGCCGCCUUAAAUAGUAUAGUGCAAAGAAAGCUUUAAUCACGAUGUCGCACGGUACUGUGAAGAGUGUGAAGAAGAAUGGUUCUCAGGUCGACGAGAGCUCCAGGGAGGGUUCAGAGAGUCUCCCUCCCCCCCCAGACGGAGGUUGGGGUUGGAUGGUCGUGUUCGCUUCCUUUAUGAUUCAUAUUGUCACCGAUGGUAUGACUUAUUCGUUUGGCGUCUUCUACGCCGAGUUUCUCACCUACUUCAACGAGGGACAGAGCAAAACGGCGUGGAUCGUCUCAAUCCUUGUGGGGGUCACUCUCAGUUCAGGUCCUGUAUCUAGUUCCUUUGUGAACCGCUGGGGUUGUCGGACUGUUACUGUGGCUGGUGCGUUACUGUCGUCGGUCUGUGUGGUCGCAUCGGCGUUCGCUAAAAACGUUACAACCCUUAUAUUUACGAUUGGCGUAGGAGCCGGGGUAGGCUUCGGCCUCAUCUACCUACCCGCCAUUGUUAGCGUCACCGUAUGGUUUAAGAGAUAUAGGAGUCUCGCCACAGGGAUCGCCGUUUGUGGUUCAGGACUGGGAACAUUUCUUUUCGCCCCCAUAACUGACGCUUUAAUAUCAAAUUAUGGAUGGCGUGGAGCUAUGGCGCUCAUUGGAGCCUUCAUACUUAACUGUGUUCCUCUGGGGCUCAUGUUCAGAGCAGUUCCUGAGAGACCGAUCACUCCAAUCACGGAGCCAAUGCUACCGAAGCAAAACAAAUCACCUUUAAAAAGAUCCCAAAGCUCGGAACAGGUCGUUCGGGCGAACGGAAAAUUUGAAGAUGAUGUAGCUAGAUUAACACUUUCCCAACCUGCACUAAACAAGCCACACGAACAACAAAAACCUCAUUCACGCCAAGGAAGUGGAAUAAUGCAAAGACCUGACGUUUUAUAUCAAGGCAGUAUGACGAGUCUCGCUAGAUUCAGAGGAGUAUCUCCAGAAAGAGUACAGCUUUCUUUUAAAAGAGAAGAACGCGAACAAAGCUGUGGCUGGCUGCCGUGUUCAGAAGAAUCGAAAGCAGCUCUAGCAGAAAUGCUCGAUAUAUCUUUGUUAGUUGAUCCUGUGUUUAUAUUAUUCGCGUUAUCAAACUUUUUAACAAGUAUAGGGUUCUACAUACCAUAUGUUUACACGGUACCAAUGAGUGCCGCCUUGGGAAUCGAAAAUUCAGCAUACCUGAUAUCUAUAAUUGGAGCAUCAAACUUAGUAGGCAGAAUCAUUCUCGGAUAUAUAAGCGACAAGCCGUGGGUCAACCGAUUAUUGGCUUACAAUGUGUGCCUUACAAUUGCCGGAAUAAGUACUGCAAUGGCGAUGGCUUGCUGGGAGUUCUGGGGACUCGCUCUUUACGCGACCAUGUUUGGCUUCACUAUAGGUGCUUACGUGGGUCUCACUUCCGUAGUUCUUGUCGAUCUUCUUGGUAUAGAGAAAUUGACAAACGCUUUCGGACUUCUGCUACUCUUCCAAGGAAUCGCAUCACUUAUCGGACCACCAUUUGCUGGUUGGUUGUUCGACUCUCUGAACUCCUACGCACCAGCCUUCUUCGUCGCUGGAGGGACGAUAUCACUAAGCGGUCUGAUUCUAUUCUUCAUUCCGAUGCUGGAGAGGCGGAGCAAAAGAGACACGACGAUAGAACAAAUUUAGCAGGAUGACUUUAGAGGGACCAGAACUAGAUAUAAUAAUCCUAUUAUCGUUCUGAACAGUCCCUCUACACCGUCCUCCGGUUCCACAGAGGACACGUACAGCAACAGGGUAUAUACAACAGUUGUUGAUAAUGAAGAUGAAGAAUGUGUAAAUAAUGUUAGCGUUAGCGACUAUGGGAUACAAGCUCAUUCCAAAUAUUGCGUGGACAAUUGUAGUGUUGAAGUAAACAGAACCGGCGACAACAAUAUGUGAAGGUGUAAAAUAAUAGUCAAUCUAUCCAAGCAACCCAAAGACUCCAACAAAUUUCAAUACCUAGUGUAACACGGCAUACAAUAAAUCAAUAUAUUAUAAUAAUUACUACAAUUUCUUUUUCCUUUUUUUUUGUUUUGUUUUUAAUAAUACAAUAAGUUAUACAGAUAAUAAAAAUAAAUUAUUAUUAAAAUAAUUAUAAUAUGUAAGUAAGUUGUAUAUAAGCGAUGCACUAUUUUGUAUAUUCUUCUUAGAUAUAAAUCUGUUUAAUGUAUAGUAUAAAUGUAAAUAUUCGGCCUUAAAACGGACCAAUCUCGUUUAGACCCUCGUUGAGGUCCAACAUCCAAUCUUUAACCUUAUCAUUGUGACCAUAUCUUUUUACGGAUACCUCAGACGUCUUGCCUUGUAUACAUUAUGUAUAUAUAAUGUUUGAAUAUAUAAUAAAGCUAUCCUAUCAAUGAUCGUAUAUUAGACUGAAUUAGAUAAACGGUAUACUGUUUUAACAAUUUCUACGUACAAAUGUUUGUAAAGAUAUUUGCUAUGAAGUUAACAUGCAUGUGACCUGAUUAAAAGUUACCACAAUCAA